AUGCUCCGUGCAAAAGCUUCCUCCUUGAUGCCACCUGCAAGUACAGGAGCAUCAGCAUGGAUCUUCCCCCAACCCGCCAUUGCCUCCACCGCUUUCUCCGCACUCGGCAGCGGCAGCCGCGCUGCGGCCGUCGCUCCCGCCGCCACGGACCCCUUCGCCAUCGCGGACGCCCUCGCCGCCGCCGCGCCACCGUCAAUGUCCACUGGCACGCGGCUCCACGCGUCCGCCAUAAAGCUCGGCGUGUCCGCCGACACGUUCACCGCGAACCACCUCCUCAUCUGCUACGCCAGACGCGGGCGCCUCGCCAGCGCGCUGGACGUGUUCGACGAAACGCCGCGCCGCAACCUCGUCACCUGGACGGCCAUGGUGUCCGCCGCGGCGCGCGGCGGAGCGCCUGACCUGGGGCUCGCGCUCUUCUCCUCCAUGGUCAGGAGCGGGUUCUGCCCCAACGAGUUUGCUCUGGCUAGCGCGCUCGGCGCUUGCUGCCAGUCCGUGGUGGUGGCUGAUGUGAAGCUCGCCCUCUCCCUUCACGGCCUCGCCGUCAAAGCUGGCCUGGAUGGCAAUCCGUACGUGGGGAGCUCGCUGAUGCUGGUGUACGCCAAGCACGGGCGUGUUGCUGCUGUGGAGCGAGUGUUCGCAGGCAUAGCUUCCGGUUCCAGAGACAUCGCGUGCUGGAACGCGAUGCUGGAGGGCUACGUCGCCAAUGGCCGUGGGUAUGAUGCGAUGAGGACAGUGGCUCUGAUGCAUCGUUCUGGAAUGACAGCUGACAUGUUCACCUACAUUUCGGCUGUGAAGGCUUCCUUGAUCACCUGCGACUUGAAUUUUGGGCGGCAGGUUCACGGUCUUGUCAUCCACAGUGUGAUUCAGUCCAACACCUCAGUGAUGAACACGCUCAUGGAUAUGUAUUUCAAAGCAGGACAGAAGGAAGUUGCCGUUGAUAUCUUUGGUAAGAUUCGGUGCAAGGAUACUGUUUCUUGGAACAUAAUGAUAUCAGGCCUCACACACGAUGAGGACGAGAGAGCAGCUGCGGACUGCUUUGUCGACAUGUCACGGUACGGCUGCAAACCUAAUCAAGUUACGUUCUCUGUCAUGCUGAGGCUGAGUGGUGCUAAAGAGAGCGCCUCCCUCGGUCUUCAGAUCUUUGGACUUGCCUACCGCCAUGGCUACACUGACAAUGUUCUUGUAGUGAAUGCAGUCAUCAACAUGCUCUCACAGUGUGGGCUGCUCAGCUGUGCUUAUGGCUUCUUCUGUAAUCUCAGUGUCAGAAAUGUUGUGACAUGGAACGAGAUGAUUGCAGGCUACGGUCUGCACGGCUGUUCUGAAGAUGCGAUGAGGCUCUUCCGCAGCUUGGUUUGCUUCGGAGCAAGACCGGAUGAGUUCACCUUUCCAGCUGUUCUGUCUGCCUUCCAACAAGAUCAUGAUGCAAGGAACCAAGAGCAAAUCCACGCGAGUGUUCUGAAACAGGGGUUUGCUUCAUGCCAGUUCGUGUCGACCUCACUUAUCAAAGCAAAAGUAGCCCUUGGCUCAGUUCUAGAUCCACUGAAAAUCAUCAAGGACGCUGGCAAGAUGGAUUUGGUGUCAUGGGGAGUCACCAUCUCUGCAUUCGUGAAGCAUGACUUGGAUAAAGAGGCCCUUUUUGUUUUCAACCUGUUCAGAGCUGACUGCCCAGAGAAGCCUGAUGAGUUCAUCCUCGGUACCGUCCUGAAUGCCUGUGCAAACGCUGCGUUGAUUAGGCAGUGCAGAUGCAUCCAUUCGCUCGUUGUCAGGACAGGGCACAGCAAGCACUUCUGUGUGUCCAGUGCCUUGGUUGAUGCCUAUGCAAAAUGCGGUGAUAUAACUGCUGCCAAAAGUGCUUUCACUGCAGUUUCAUCGGUGACCAAGGACGCCAUACUGUACAACACCAUGCUGACAGCUUAUGCCAACCAUGGUCUGAUCCAUGAAGUCCUCAGCCUCUACCAAGAUAUGACACAGCUUCAAUUGGCACCAACACCAGCUACGUUCGUUGCUGUCAUCUCAGCUUGCAGCCAUCUUGGGCUAGUCGAGCAGGGGAAGCUUCUGUUCAGCUCCAUGCUGUCUGCGCACGGCAUGAAUCCGACAAGGGCCAAUUACGCAUGCCUAAUUGACCUCCUAGCGCGAAAAGGGCUCCUCGAAGAAGCCAAAGGCGUUAUCGAGGCAAUGUCGUUCCAACCGUGGCCUGCAGUAUGGAGGUCACUGAUGAACGGUUGCCGGAUCCAUGGGAACAAAGAACUCAGUCUGCUUGCAGCAGAACAGAUCCUGAGAAUGGCGCCAAACAGUGAUGGCGCAUAUGUGUCGAUGUCGCAUGUCUACGCUGAAGAUGGAGAUUGGCAGUCUGCAGAGGACACCAGGAGGAAGAUGGCUCAGAAUCAAGUGCAGAAGGCGCAAGGUUACAGCAGUGUUGAGAUUUAG